CGCACGUUGUCCACUUCAUCGCAGCAGUAGCGCACGUACGCCACCUCGCCGCAGCAACCGCACACAUCGACGCUGGUGGUCUGGCCGGUCCAUUCGGUCCACUCGGUCUGGCCCGGGCUUUGACGCAGCCGGUCGCCGGAAACAGGACCGCUCGCCUGCUCGGUCCGGUCCGGUACGGACCGCCGGCGGCUGGUCCAAACGAAGGCUCGGUCAGGGACCGGACCGGACCGGACGGUCCGGACCGUGUCCACCUUGACCACACCGCCGCCCCUCAGCCAACCCCGACCAUGUCCUCUGCGCCUACCGUCUAGACAAGCGGCUAGGGUUUCACGCCGCAGCCGUCGCCGUCGCCACGCACCUCCCGCCGCUGUCGGCUCCACCCCCCUGACUACGUCCUCUGCCUCCUACCGUCGCCUCCGGACACGUCUCCUUCGCCAGCAGAUCGACGCCGCCGCCCAGCUCGACCUCCUCCCUCGUCCCGCGGCCGUAUAGUUUGAUCGAGAUGCUGCACGAGAAGCACGUCCAGAUCGGCCAACUGUCCGAUGAUGGAGAUGGAACAAACAAGGCGUGGACAGGGGAGAAGAGGCACCGCAAGGACCUGCCCGCAUCAUCUUCCCAUGCUCCUGCCACUGCCCAGCACCAUGGAGACGUGGAGGACACCAUCCAAGGGGGUCAAGAUCUGAUUCCUCAUGCGACAGACAUGGAGCCGCUGCUCAGAACAGAUUCGGCGCACGAAACAAGCCAGGAUUGCUUCGGGCCGGACGUCCUCAUCAGCGAGGAGGACGAAACCCGUUUUGCCCAACGUUUGCGUCCCAACAUUCCUCUUCCUCGUACUGACCUGCCACUUUAUAUGUCAUGGGAGGAAGAAGACAAGAUAGAAGCGCGCCUUGGACGCCUUCGCAUCACUUAUUACAAGGAUGUGAAGCCGGAGUGCGCACGUGAACGUGAGCUUAAGGAACCAGAAGAAUACACUGAUGCUGAACUUGGUGAGGAGUUGUACUUUAAGCGGUUAGAGGAGGAUGAAAGUUUUGAGUGGUUCGUCCAUCCUGAUGACACCUAUAAAGCUGGAUUGAAUGACUACCAACGGAUUGCCCCUCGUAAUUUUCUGCCUCAUAGCGGUCGGAACCUGUACCGCUAUCACGAUGAGUACCGCUCACGUUAUCAUACAUAUAAAAUUGAUGCUGUUUAUGUCAAGUAUUAUGCAGAAAUUUCAAAGAAAAUCAAGUGGAUUACAGAGUAUUUGCAUCUGGAUCGCAGGACCAAGGCUUGGUUAGAAUUGGAUACUAGAGCAUGGAGGCAAGCAUUGAGGAUUGCAACUGACUUUGCCCAUAUUACUGUUCGUUUAGCUGCUUUUGCUUAUAAUGAGUACAUUCUUGAGAUGGAUAAGAAUGCGUCCCUCAAGGACAUAGAUCUUGUCUAUUUUGAGAUCUGGAGGCGUGUCGCUAAGAAAAAUUUAAGUUACAUUGAUGCUGUGAAGGAAGUAUAUGAAAUGGACAAGUUCGAUGUACACAAAAGGAGACUAGAUGGUGAACUGAAAGGGGUUCCUGCCAUCGCAACAAUAAAAGCAUAUAUGCAGUAUGUUGUCCGACAAGGUGGCAUUGACGCGAAGACCGAAGAGGAUAAAGCUCGGGAUGUGUUUAGGAAGUUAUCUGUCAGUAUGCAUAAAGCAAUGAACAUGGCUCAGUACGCUCAGAAAAAGUUGGAUUUAGCAGAUGAGCUGAAGUUGGACAAAGAGGGUGGAGUUGUUCCAUUGGAAAGACCCUUCGAGUUCUGA